GUUAAGAUUUUCAGCAUUGGAAUUUUCAAUUUAAUUGAUUCAAAAUGUCUGAUGAUGGUACUACUGUGGAGAAGAGGGGCCGAGGUUGUCCCUCCAAGACAAGCGACAUAAAAGAAGCAAAGAAACAAGGGAAGUCUCCUGCCAAGAAGGAGGACGGAGAGGCACCAGCAAAGAGAGGACGAGGCAGGCCUAAGAAGAAGGCUGGCGGUGCUGCUGCAGCUAAACCCAAGGUUAAGGCCAGUGCAGGCAAGAGAGGAUGGCCCAAGAAGGAGAAGAAAUCUGAAGAGGAGGAGGAAUAAACUGUGUUAAUUUAU